GUUAACAGAUAAUAUUAUGUACACACAUUGGGUUAAUACAAAUGCCCAUUCAGAUUAGUACCCCCAUCACCACCUUUGCGGCUAGUUUGGUGAGUUAGCUCAUCUUCCCUUUUACUUCUUAGAAUUUUGGAAACUUUUGAUUAUUCAUGCCUUUGCCAAUGAGUAUGGUGAAUCCUAGUGAUCACAAAAUUACCCAGUUCAGUAUUAGAGCCAAGAACCUCUCCUACAAAUUGCCUUCCAGAAAACGGUACCACAGAUAUUUCAAUUUGUGUCCUUGGGAGGAGUCGAGUAACGAGAUGGGUAAGUACAUUUUGAAGGAUGUAGACUGUGAAGCCAAACCAGGAGAGAUAACAGCAGUUGCUGGUCCGAGUGGAGCGGGGAAAACUACUUUGCUGGAAAUUCUUGCUGGAUACAUCAGCCAGAGUAAGGUGUCGGGGCAAGUACUAGUAAAUGACCAGGCUAUGAACACUAUGCACUUCCGCAGAUUAUCCAGUUAUGUCACGCAAGAUGAAGCCCUCUUCCCUUUACUUACUGUUGAAGAAACGCUUGUUUACAGCGCACGUUUCAGGCUUCAUGGGGGUGUAUCCAGAGCCACAACAAGAGCCAAGCAGCUGCUGCAGGAGCUUGGAUUAGAACAUGUUGCUGGUGCUAGGAUUGGCGAUGAAUCAAAACGUGGUAUAUCCGGUGGUGAAAAGAGAAGGGUAUCAAUUGGUGUCGCUCUUGUUCAUGACCCUGCUGUGCUGCUUCUUGAUGAACCAACAUCAGGACUGGACUCUGCAGCAGCUCUCCAGGUGAUGUUGCUACUUAAAUCUAUGGCCAAAAAUCAAAGUAAGACGAUCAUUCUAACCAUUCAUCAGCCUGGGUUCCGAAUUAUAGAACUGUUUGAUCAGGUUAUCUUGUUAUCCAAGGGGAUUGUUCUUCAUCAAGGGUCACUUCAUCAUCUAGAAGAGCGGCUAAAGAUUGCAGGUCAUUGCAUUCCUAUGCAAGUCAAUAUACUUGAAUAUUCAAUCGAUGUGACUGAAGGCCUGCUCAAAGAUAUGGAAGAAUGUAACAUCUUAGUAGAUGAAGCUAAACAUGAACAAGAGUGUGUCGAGAUCAUCUCCUUUAUGGGUCAUGUUGAUGAAAAUUAUAUGCUCUACUCAAAUUCAUUCUUGAAGGAGGUAUUCAUACUCUGUCAGAGAUUCACAUAUAACAUAUUUAGAACCAAACAGUUAUUCUCUGCAAAAUUAACUCAGUCAAUAGUUGUUGGACUUCUACUGGGAACAAUAUUCAUGAAUGCUAACAAAGACCAUGACACGGUUAAGCUUCAUACUAGACUUGGUUUCUUUGCUUUUAAUCUCAGCUUCUUACUCUCCUCCUCCAUAGAAGCUCUCCCAAUUUUCGUGCAAGAAAGGAGGAUUUUAAUGCGUGAAACCUCAAGUGGAGCUUACAGAAUCGCUUCUUAUGUAACAGCAAGCACCGUUAUAUUCCUGCCUUUCCUUUUAGUAGGGGCUAGCCUCUACUCGAUCACAGUUUACUGGUUAGUAGGAUUAAGGCGAGACAUUGACAGGUUCUUCUACUUCUCACUAGUUGUUUGGUUGGUUUCCUUGAUGUCAAAUUCUUUUGUGGCAUUCUGUAGUGCUCUAUUCCCAAAUUUCGUCAUGGGGAUGUCUUUUACAGGAGGAAUAAUGGGCUCAUUCUUUCUGUUUUCUGGGUAUUUCAUAUCUAAGGAUGAAUUGCCCAAGUACUGGAAAUUUAUGCAUUACCUGAGUUUGUUCAAGUAUCCGUUCGAGUCUUUUUUAAUAAAUGAGUUUGGAGGAGAUGAUAAAAAUACAAGGUGCUUGGAGUUAACUGAAGGAGCGUGUGUGUAUGGCCAAGAAUUUCUGAUGCACCAAAAUCUCAAGGAGUCGCAAAAGUGGAGCAAUUUAGGUGUGAUGGUAUCGUUUAUCUCGGUUUAUCGGUUUCUUUCUUUUGUGGUUCUGUGGUACAGAUCUUACAAAAGCAGAACCUAGAAGGCUGGCAAGCUUUACAGUCACAAACGGAAUGCUCAGAGAGUGGCUACCGCUGUUUGGUUCAGGUUUCGGUUCUGUUCUUGAGGUUGAAAAGAAUUAGUGCAAAUGAAAGCUACUUUGCCUUCUCAAUAAUAGUGAAUAUAAACAUCAAUUUGUUUGUGAGGGAGUGGGGAAAAAACAAAAUGUAACACAAUUCCAGAAGUCAGUUUGCAAUACAAUCUCUCAUUAUUUGUGUUGCACAGAGAUAUCAUGUGAAACUGAAAUAUUUUCACAGUGAGGACAGUAAUACAAAGAAUGUUACUUUUUAACGACAAA